AACAAAACCGGACAGGUCGAUUGACAAACAGUACACAACACUCGAGCUACGAUGGAGUCAACAGCCUCGCUGGGGGUUGUGUUGCUGUGCGUGUUUGUCGGAGGCAGUACCAGCGCAAGUCAACCUAAUAUCAUUCUCAUAGUGGCUGAUGACUUAGGGUGGAACGACGUGGGCUUCCACAACCCCAGCAUGAUCACCCCCAACAUCGACGCCCUGGCAGACAGCGGGGUCAUCUUCAACCAUUCCUAUGUCCAGCCUGUGUGCAGCCCCUCGAGAACCGCUUUUAUGACAGGAAUUUACCCUUUCAAGGCCGGAACACAGCAUUAUGUGAUUGGGUUCUCUCAGCCAGUGUGCGUCCCUCUCAACUUCACCUUCCUGCCCCAGUACCUGAAGAACCUUGGAUAUUCCACCCACGCUAUUGGGAAGUGGCACCUUGGUUUCUGCAACUGGAACUGCACGCCGACAUACCGAGGGUUCGACUCCUACUUUGGCUACUACCAGGGUUCUGAGGACUACUACACACACAAAACCGCUGGAUACUUGGACUACCGAGAUAAUACGGACGUCGUACGCAACGCUACAGGGGAGUACUCAGCCUUCCGGUUUGCCAAGGAGGCUGUAGAUAUCAUAAACAACCAUGACAAGUCCAAGCCAUUCUUUAUAUACCUGCCCUUCCAGUCCGUCCACGCCCCUAUAGAGGUACCAAAGCAGUAUGAAGACAUGUAUCCAAACGUUGUAAACAUCGGUCGUCGGAAAUUUUGUGGAAUGGUGACAGCCCUUGACGAUGCUAUCGGUAACGUCACGCGGGCUCUACAGGAACAGAAAGUGUUUGAUAACACACUCAUCUUUUUUACAGCUGAUAAUGGCGGCGAACUGGUUGCCUACGGUAACAACUGGCCUCUCCGUGGCGGCAAACACACGGUGUGGGAGGGGGGCACGAGGGUGACGUCAUUUGCCCAUGGGGUUGGGCUAAAACGCACCGGAUACACGUACGAUGGGUUCUUCCACGCUGUCGACUAUGUUCCAACUAUCUUAGCUGCAGCGGGAGGGAAGCCAGAUGCAUCUAUAGAUGGAGUAAGUCAAUGGGACUCUAUACGUAUGGGUCUUCCUUCUCAGAGGACUGAGUUUAUAUACAACCUAGACGACUUCUUCUACCCCGUCACGGGACGUGCAGCCAUCAGGGUCGGAGACAUGAAGCUGGUCGACGGAUACCCAGGGCUGUACGACAACUGGUACCUUCCUAUGAAUGAAACGCAGAACACGCCACUAGAAGACUUCAUAUACGACGCUGAACACGAACUGGUGUGGCUGUUUAACUUGACAGCUGAUCCUCUCGAAAAGCAAAAUCUAGCCAAUCAAAUGCCAGAUGUCGUGGAAACGUUACGUGCCCGGAUGUUGGAGUAUAAAAAACAAAUGGUCCCCGCCAACUUCCCCCCUGAAGACCCGAAGGGGAAUCCCAGCAAUUUUGGGGGAGUGUGGACCCCGGGUUGGUGUUAGAGAUGAAGACGGGAAGAUGUGUACUUUAUGUAUUUAUGCAUAGGGCUGUGUGUGUAUUCAAUCAAAAUAUCGGCUUCAUGUGGAAAUCUUGCAACUUUCAAAUCAAGGCGCUUGAUGACGUACACUUCCAUGAUUUGGAAAAUUUUAGAUUUGUCGGUCAGAAGUAUCAAAUGACAAUAACCACCUCUGACUGAAACAGCAGAUUUGACGACUGUUAACAUUUAUAGAAAAGCCAUUGUAGAUAGACGUUUAUAAAUAAUAAUAUGUGCAGUUGUAAGUUGCAAGAUGCUGGUUUGCUGUUACUACAAUAUUCAAAGUAUACUGGCAAGUAUUUUCAUAAUGUGGGUAUAGCUGUUGAUCCAUAUCUGGACUUCUGGGUGAGAUCAGGUCCCCAGCAACCUAGGCAUGUCUAAGAGGCGAUUGCAUGUAUCGGGUUGGCUUCAGCCGAUUGCUUGGCAAACUGGUUUAUUGUAUUUUUUGUAUUUACAGUCGUGACAAACGUCGUCGGGGUACAAUGACACAUCAGGGCCCAUUUGCACAAAGCGAUCUUAGCGCUAAGAUGACCGUAACUCCCAUACUUUCACAUAGGCUUACAAUAGUCUUAGCGCUAAGAUCGCUUUGUGCACGUUGGCCCAGCUACCAAGUCUCCCAGCUUGACCACCCGUGACCUCUUACGACCAGCAGAGGUUGUUACGGGCUAAUUCUAACCCGGAAUCAACCAUGGGUUUCCAAUUUUGUCACCUCAGGACUAGCAACGGGGAACUGGAGAUACAUUCUACUCCGGGCCUCCACGGGUGAUAACAUGUAGCUGGAAUAUUGCUGACUGCGGCGUUAAGCAGUAUCAAUUCUUUGGGUAGAGGAAAAAACAAUGACCCGUGAACGAAUGGACUAUUUGUUGUACAUACCGAUAUUUAACAUUUAACGUUUAAAAUAAAAUAAAAAUGACUGUAUGUAA